ACGGAUCUGUUCCACGCCUAUCAGUUAGCAUAUAUAUAUUACCAAACAAGCUAAAAAUACCCAAAUUAAACUAAACUGAAUUUUAUUCAAUUUCAAUUUAAAUCCCAAAAUCCACAUGUAAGCUACUCAAAACUCAAAAAGACACUAAUCUGAACCAAACUGAUUAUUCAUAUGUCCACCCACACCUAUGCAUGUUGAAGAUAUGGUUAUCUUACAAUAACAAUCUCGAAUAUAUUGUAAACGGAUUAAACUCGUACUGAUCUUUGAUGGUGAAACUGCAUUCCGGUGUGUUUGCUCCCAUUUUAUAAAUGAUGAGUUAAGUGUGAACUUUGAUUUCUUACUAUUUUAAAUCUUUUUCAGCCUUUUUGGCAACUAUUUUUGUUUGUUUUUUACAUAAUGCCAAAUCACCAUAUUUUGUGACAGUAUUUCUUUUGGUCGCAUCGGGCAUCUAUACGACUUAAAAUGCUAUCAAAACAUCAGUAAAUAUGGCGAGGUGGCCUCGAAACAAGGCUAAAUCUCAUUAUUCAGGAAAAGCAUUAAUGUGAUAUUGAAAGCCGGUUUUAUAUAAUAAGGCAAAGUUUCGUCGGCUUUAGUUUCGGGUUUAUAUCUUCAUCCCGCUGAUCUUGUAAAUUUUAAUGUUGCAAUAUAAGUGUUCUAAAGUGAAAAAUAUAUGAUGUCAAAAAAGUGAAAAAAAUAUAAUAAGGCAAAGUUAAAUCAAUUAUUUUGGCAUGUUGUGAGGAAAUUGUUUUACCAAUAAAGUUAAUUUAUUUAAGAAUAUAGACUGUACUUCUUCUUCCAAACUAUAUUCCAUAUUCUUUCCACGUGAACAUCUAAUCCAUAUAGUUAUGUCACCAUAUUCCAUUCCAUUUCAUCAUCACACAAAAAGAGUUAACGAAACUGUAUCUCGAUAUAUUCUGUACUUCUUAUCAAUCACAAACCUGGAUUAGAUUAAUCUCAAAUAUAGAUAGAUUUCCUUAAAAAUGCUAUUAGAAUGUUAUAUUUAGAUGAUUGAAUAAUAAUAAAAGAAAAUUGUUUGAAUAUAUGGUAUCUCGAGAACCAUUAUCACAAAACGUUAAUGAAAUAUGUGACUAUUGCCUUUAUUCUAAAAAUAGAUGCCUGGUUCAUUGUAUAGUUUCGACUAAUCCGUACAUCAAUAUAUUUAAUAUAACAAUAUCCUUUGAGUUAAACUGAGAGAGCUAACUGAAGAAUGCUUUUAAAUUUUAAUCUAAGUUGAAAACGUGUGCUAAUUCCUCACUGUGAAAAACAAGCUGAUAGUUAAGUAACAACAUUUUUCCAAUACAGUCUAUAAAUUCCCAAGAACCUGUGGAUUCAAUUUCACUUCUCAAAGAACUAAAAGCUUCUCUAGCUUUAACCUUUCUCUCUAUAUACAGGCAUGCAUGCAUAGAGCUUAGGAGAGAGUACGAAACAAAUUAAUUAGAAAAUUUGAAGGAUGGAAGAUUCGAUGAAGACUAAGAGCUUCAAAGAAAGUGAAGAGGUAGGGCUGAGAAGAGGGCCUUGGACUUUGGAGGAAGACACUCUUCUCACAAAUUACAUCCUCCAUAACGGUGAAGGUCGAUGGAACCUCGUCGCCAAAAGUGCUGGGCUAAAGAGAAACGGAAAAAGUUGUAGAUUGAGAUGGUUGAAUUACUUGAAACCCGAUAUCAGGCGAGGGAAUCUAACUCCCCAAGAACAGCUUUUGAUCCUUGAGCUGCACUCUAAAUGGGGUAAUAGGUGGUCCAAGAUUGCACAGUACUUACCAGGAAGAACGGACAACGAGAUCAAGAACUAUUGGAGAACGAGAGUUCAGAAGCAAGCUCGACAGCUCAACAUCGAAUCCAAUAGCGACAAGUUCUUUGACGCUGUUCGUAGUUUCUGGGUCCCUAGAUUGAUCGAGAAGAUGGAGCAAAACUCAUUCACUAAUUGCUGUCCCCAAAACAACAACGAUAAGUCUCUUCUUCCUCCUCAAUCCUACGACUCCACGAGUACACAAACAUAUACAGAUAUCUCGAGUCAGAACCCGGGAUUGAGCAACAUAGAUGGUUCUAGUUCGAGUUCCACUUUCAUGCCUGAUCUCACGACAGUUCCACACUUUAUAGAUCCCAACACCAUCAUUGAUGGUUCGAUGUGUAACCAGGAAGGCAAUUAUCAAGAACUCGGCGGAUAUAUUCCAGAGAUGGAGGAAUAUUAUUACAUGGGAAAUUCAGACAUAGGAACGGAAUGUCACGUGGCAGAAGCGUACGAGGAUGUCACACAAGAUCCCAUGUGGAACAUGGAUGACAUUUGGCAGUUUAGGGAGUAAUUAAGUCAGUCAAGAAAUGAGAGUAUGCUUAAUUAGGGCGGAGGGAGCCCACCACCAUGGUUAUAUUUUACUAUAAACUGCUAUGCUUAUUAUUCAGUCUAUGAUCCAAAGUUGUUAGCUAAAUAUAUAGUGAUAGUUUGCAUAAGUCUUUGAAUUCAUGAUAUUUGUAUUUCCUAUGGAUCUUUAUAUAAUUUUUAUAAUGUGAAAUUUAAGAAAA